AUGGCUCUCAAUAUGCUCAGGAUGCUCGGUGUCAUUAGAUUACCCAUCACAACCUUCACGUUCGUCGCAAAAAAUGCGCGCAUGUUCUCAGGCGCUCCUCUCCGGAACUGGUCGAACGAGCCGGAAAUAAGACGUCGGCAGUAUGUGAGAAGACGUACAAGAUUCCACACGGAUCCAGUCUACAAGGAGCGCGAGGCAUCGUUGACGAGAACCCGACCGAGCUAUGGACGAUGGCAGAAAGCCAACCACGAUGCUUAUAUCAAACGAUUGCGGUCGUACACGCAGGUCCGGGAGGCGUCAGAUCCACUUUACGUACUGAGAAAUAGAGUCCAUAUGCUUGUGCAACACGCGUGGGCAAUGGAGGAUUUGCCUUGGAAAACGCAUGUACCCGUCUUGUACGAGCAGAGGGUACAGCACAAAUGUGGCAAAUGCUUGGUGUCUAGGCAUGGAGGAGUGAAGAUGUGGUGGAGGGAGAAGCAACCCCAAGGUGAAGAAAAUGGUAAGCAGGAUCUUGAAGAUCAGGGUCAGGCUGCAGAGGCUGGAGAUGACGGCAAUAAGUACCUUUGCCACUCUUGUCAUUUCACGGGUCCAGAAGCGAUGCCUGAAGGUUACGAGGACCUCUUGAAGAUAACAGAUAUCGGAGAGCGCAAGAAACAACUGGGACACUGA